AUGAUUAAAUUUAUGGUACAGCGGAGUACUGUGAAUGGACGAAUCGGAAAAAUUUUUCGUUGGGGUGAUGUUACUAUGGAGCACGAAACGCCAUCCUUCAUGAUAUAUACGCGUGGUGGUUGUAUUCCACACUUGACUUGGAAUGUAGCAAGUGCACAUCUGAAACAUCGGCAGUCUCCUAUUUAUCAGAUCACUCUUCCUUCAUUUUUCGAAGCAUUGGCAGUUAUUGAAAAAUCCGGCAAAGGAAUUGCUCGAUUCGCGUCUAUGCCAGAAGGUGUACCAACCCAUCUGACACUAACGGACCCUUUGAUGGAACGAAGCAUGAAAUUCAACAACGGCGGGAAUAUUGUUAAUAUCGAAACAAUCAAGAAAUUACUAAGGUUCAGUCAUGUGUCGUCCUACGAAACAAUGUUUGAUUAUGGUACUCCAGAAGGAUGUUCUAAUAAAAGAUUGGAAAAAGCACUGGAACGAACAGUCAGAUUUUCGAGAGAAUUACUUCGUAGUGAUUCUUUUAAGGGUUCAGCAGCAUUAAUUGCAUUAUGUGGUGGACAUAGCCCAUCUCAUCAUGAACGUUGCGCGUCUUUGAUUGGUUCACUUCCAAAAUGCUGUGGUUUUGUUUUGGAUGUAAUGCAAUUUGCAAAACGUCUUCGUGUGUGUCCAAAAAAAUCGAAAGUAAAGAAAAUAUCGAAAAUGGAUGCUGUUGAUAUGGCGGCUCAGCUGGAGUCUUCUGGCUGUGAAGAAUCUGAAAAUAUUGAUUCUUUGAACCCGGUUGUCACAGAAAGUGAAUUUGAUAAGAAUGUUAUCAAGGAUUUGCUAUCUGGCGUGUGGCCUCACAUAUCGCCUUCUCACUUACGUUUAGUGAAUGGAGCAUUUUCACCGACGGAAGUUGUUGCUUUAACACAUCUUGGCGUAGAUUUAUUCGACUCAUCCUAUGCUAUAUUUCUUGCUGAACAAGGAAAAGCAUUUGUUUGUGAUGAAAAUUUUCCGACAGAGGCGACUUUCAGCGUAUUUGAUUUUACUGACCCAUUGUAUUCGGAAGAUUUUAGGCCUCUCUGUGAGAAUUGUAACUGUUAUACUUGUGCACACUAUACAAGGAGUUACUUGCGUCAUUUAACAAAUACAAUGGAAUUACUAGGCCCAAUUUUGCUCGUGAUACAUAAUAUGCAUGAAUAUGAACGGAUGUUCGUAUUGCUGAGAGAGAAUUUGUCUAGGAGUUUGGAUGCUGAAAGUGUUUGA